AUGGGGGGUGAGACGUCCGCUCGUAUAGCAUCGCCGGUCCCCUACCCCAAGCUGGCCACCAAGCCUGUGGGCAAGCUCAUCGAAAGCAUCUAUACCGACCGUCUGCGUCAGUUCACCUCGGGCGGGCAAUAUGAGAAACAAAAUCUUCUUGCUAAGCUAUACCACAACAUCUGUAACGACAGUGACCAUAUCAAGCUGUCGGUUUAUUCUCCUCCGAACCUCGCACGGCCGACUUUCGAAGAAGCAACUUCGCACAAGUUCAGACCUACCCAUCUUGGCGAGUCCUUCGGCCCUGCAUGGUCCACUCACUGGUUCAAGAUCCAAUUGACAGUUCCCGAGUCGAUGCGAGAUGGUGAACACUUGGAGUUUCAUUGGGACGCAAACAAUGAAGGUUUGGUCUGGACACACGACGGAAAGCCUCUCCAAGGCUUGACCGGUGGCGGUGAGCGCACUGAAUGGAUACUCCCCACAAGCUGGCGAGACGGAAAGGAGCACACAUUCUAUAUUGAGAUGGCUUGCAACGGAAUGUUCGGCAAUGCUCCUGGUGGAGAUAGCAUCCAGCCUCCGGAUCCAAACAAGUCCUAUACCCUAUGGAAGGCACAGAUUGUUGAUGUCAACCUGGCGGCGAGACAACUGUACGUGGAUUUCUGGAUCAUUGGAGAUGCCGCCAGGGAGUUCCCUGAGGACAGCUGGGAAAGACACGAAGCCUUGCGGGUCUGCAACGAAAUCAUGGAUACAUUUAUUGCAGGAGACGGGUCCAUUGACUCCAUAAAGAGAGGCCGCGAGAUUGCACAGAAAUACCUCGGAAAGCACGUCGACUCUGCAAAGGUCUAUGACUCGCCUGGCAAAGAUAUCGUGUAUGCCAUUGGCCACUGUCACAUCGACACCUGUUGGCUUUGGCCAUGGGCCGAAACCAAGCGCAAGGUGGCAAGGAGCUGGUCGAACCAGUGUGACCUGAUGGACCGUUAUCCAGAGCACCGCUUCGCAUGCAGUCAAGCACAGCAAUACAAGUGGCUGAAGCAGGACUAUCCCUAUGUUUAUGAUCGAGUCAAGGCAAAAGUCAAGGAAGGCCAGUUCCAACCGAUCGGUGGAAGCUGGGUGGAGCACGACACAAACAUGCCCAACGGUGAGUCUCUGGUCAGACAGUUUCUCUACGGUCAACGAUUCUUUGAAAGCAACUUUGGUGAAAGGUGCAAGACCUUUUGGCUGCCUGAUACCUUCGGUUAUUCCGGCCAAUUGCCCCAAAUCUGCCGGCUGGCAGGGAUGACCAGGUUCUUCACCCAGAAAUUGAGCUGGAACAACAUCAAUAACUUCCCUCAUACCACAUUCAACUGGGUUAGCUUGGACGGGAGCCAGGUCAUCUGUCAUAUGGCCCCGAGCGAGACUUAUACCGCAGAUGCUCAUUUUGGGGACGUCAAAAGGAGCGUGACUCAACACAAGAGCAUGGACCAGGACAACACCUCUCUACUCGUAUUUGGUAAAGGAGAUGGUGGCGGCGGUCCUACAAGAGAAAUGCUCGAGAAAUUGAGGCGGUGUCGCGGGCUGAGUGAUAACGUUGGUCGACUUCCACGAGUCACGAUGGGUAAGUCCGUGGACGAUUUCUUUGCCAAUCUGGAAAAGAAAGCUGUAGAGGGUACAAAGUUCGUCACCUGGUAUGGUGAGCUGUAUUUUGAACUCCACCGAGGCACAUACACGACUCAGGCGAACAACAAACUCAACAAUCGAAAACAGGAAGUCAUGUUGCAUGACAUUGAAUAUCUGGCGACUUUGGCCAGCUUGAAGAGCAAAAGCUACAAAUACCCCAAGAAGGAGAUUGACGAGAUGUGGGAAAAUGUGUUGCUCUGUCAGUUCCACGACUGCCUUCCAGGCAGUUCCAUUGAGAUGUGCUACGAUGAUUCCGACGCCUUGUACGCCCACAAUGCCAAACUUGGAGGAAAGGUUAAAGAGGAAGCACUUACAGUACUUGGCCUUUCACAAAACAUCAGAGCGAAUGCUGAACUCGUGGCCAUCAAUACUGCUCCCUGGAAGCGCUCGGAGCUGAUUCCGAUCCCGAAAGCGCAAGCCAAGCCGCAGCACCAGAAGUAUGCUUUUGUUUCCGGAGGUACAGGCGUCGUCAAGACACAUGCGGCAUCAGCCAUACAAUCCACAGCAUCUGUCGAGGAAACCAGGAAAGGCGUGUUUGUGCUGAAGAACAGUCUAUAUCGGGUUGAAGUGGAGGCAGGCUGUAUUACUUCUCUGAUAGACCUCAGGGCUGAUCGCGAGGUCAUCGCCAAGGGCGGCAAAGCCAACCAACUGGUCAUCUUCGACGAUAAGCCGCUCUACUGGCAGGCGUGGGAUGUCGAAGUUUUCCACUUGGAGUCUCGUAAAGAGUUGAGUUCCGGACCCUCGGAAAUCGUUGAGGACGGACCGUAUCGAGUCAGCGUGGCAAGCAAGACUCAGAUCAGCAAAGACAGCUGGGUGAAGACGACGAUCAGCCUUGAUGCUUGCGAGAGCCAAAGCGAGUUUGGAUAUGUGACUGUCGAGGCAGAGGUCGAAUGGCGUGAAACCAUGAAAUUCCUCAAGGUGGAAUUUCCGGUCGAUGUAGUCAACACUGAGGCAAGCUAUGAGAUGCAAUAUGGGAUCAUUCGCCGUCCAACUCACUACAACACCAGCUGGGACAUGGCCAAAUUUGAGGUCUGCUGCCACAAGUUCGCCGAUCUCUCAGAAGCCGACUACGGAGUCUCCAUCCUCAACGACUCCAAGUACGGAUUCGCGACCUGUGGCAACUUGAUGCGAUUGUCCUUGUUGCGUGCUCCCAAGGCGCCCGAUGCACAUGCCGACAUGGGUCGACACCACAUCAAGUGGGCCAUCAUGCCACACCAGGGUGCAUUGAGUAGCAGUACCGUGAGAGCAGCCUACAAUUUCAACUACCCCAUCCAACUGGCAUCUUUGGUGGAAGACAAACCGGCAAAGGAACUCUUCAAUGCGGUGCACUUGACCGGAGCGAAAUCCCUUGUCCUGGACUGCGUCAAGCGCGGCGAGGACGACAAGGAUGUCUCUCGAGGGGAACUCCCCGAGCGCUCCGGUCAGAGUGUGGUGCUGAGAAUCUACGAAAGUCUGGGAGGAAAGAGUCGAGGCACCAUUGAGACCACUUUACCGGUCAAGAAGGCCUACAAGACCAAUGUCUUGGAGGAUGAUCUGGAAGAGCUCGAGAUGUCUGGCAAGGUCAAAAUCAGUAUUGACAUUGAACUGCGGCCAUUCGAGGUGGCGACCUAUCGGCUGCAGUUGUGA